GUUCGAUCGAAGACGGCGCCAGCAGCGUCGGCCCGAGGUCGCCGUACGGUGGUCACAGCAGCGCUGAUCUUCGGCACGUUCCUUGUUGGCUGGACUCCGGCCAGCAUUUUGUUUCUGCUCACUGCUGACGGCAUGCCACUGUUCCGCAAGUCCGGAGUGCUGAUUAACGUGCUGUCGAUCGUCGUUUUAAUCAACAUCAUGAUUAAGUCACUGACAAAUCCAAUCAUAUACGCUACGAGAAUACCAGAAAUUCGGCACUUCGUCCUUCAUCGUCUGCUGUGGCGUAUCGUUCCACUACGCGAGGAACGAAGUGUUCGAGAUGACUCAUCAAAGAAGGUGGAAACGAAACUGUUGCGCAGUUCUGUGCUACCUGAAUCACUGUAG